GCACCUUGACAAAUCCAUGCCGUCCACACUUGGUUGAUUUGCAAACCAUGUGCUGCAGCUGGGAAGCCUUUGCCUGUCCUUACAGCAGAGGGUGCACUGUGCGCAGAUGCUUCUUACAGUUUUGUAGGGCCCGGGUCUGCCCUUGUUCCUGGGGCUCACCUUGAGGACAGUUUCUGGCCCUUGUCCGACUCGCGUAAGGUACAGUGGCGCGCGAACUGUACCGAGGGGGUAACACAGAAUCGGGUGUUACACAGUUUGCCAGAACAAAACCACUUCCUGCACUGUCCUCCACAUGGGGCACUGCAUAGCCAUCCAGUAAAGCCAACUGCUAACGCAGGCUUAUUGUGGAAAAAUGAAUCUCGACCACACGGAUAAAACUCUUAGUAAUACCAGUUGAGCCUGGAGAAGGAAAUAAAGCUUCCUUCAGUGACAUGUGUGCUUGUCCAGCAGAAAUGCUGUCCUUCUCAGAUGUGGCCAUUGAGUUCUCUCCAGAAGAGAGGGAAUGUCUGGAGCCUGAUCAGUGGAAUCUGUACAGGGAUGUGAUGUUGGAGAAUUACAGCCACCUUGAAUUCCUGGGUCUUGGUUUUCCUAAGCCACACCUGGUGACGUUUCUGGAGCAAAGACCAGACCCUUCAGAUGGGAAGAGACAAGCAGCAGCCACCGUGCACCCAGAUACAUCAGUUCUAGAACAACACCCAAAGAUUAUAGCAUUUUCUCCAAGGCCAUUGAUUUAUAACUCACUAUAUAUUCAAUGCCAGAGAAUUCAUACAAGGAUUAAAAGCUAUAAGUGUGAAGAAUGUGGUAAGGGCCUUAGUUCUUAUAAAGCACUUUCCAUACACCAGAGACUUCACACUGGACAAAAACCCUACGUGUGUCAAGAAUGUCACAAGGCCUUCAAUACUCGUGGAGCACUUUUCAUACAUCAGAACCAUACUGAUGAGAAACCCUACAAGUGUGGAGGACUGUGCAGAUCAUUUUACUAUCCUUCAAUGCUAAAGCAACAUCAAAGGGAUUCAUGUCGAGAGAACCCUAUAAGUGUUGAAGAAUGCGGCAGAUGUUUUUUCUCAUUUUCAUACCUUAGGCAACAUCACAAGAACACAUCUGGAAAGAAACCAUACGACUGUGAGAAGUGUGGCAAGUGUUUUUGCUUCACUUCAUCCCUUCGGCGACAUCAAGCUGUACAUUCUGAAGACAAUCCCUAUAAGUGUGCUGAGUGUGGCAAAACUCUUUCCUCUUUUACAUACCUUCAGGAACAUCAGUUAAUUCAUACUGGACAGAAAUCUUACAAGUGUGAAGAGUGUGGCAAAUGCUUUACUUGCCUUUCAUCCCUUCGGCAACAUCAAACAAUACAUUCUGAAGAUAAUCCCUACAAUUGUGAAGACUGUGGCAGAAGGUUUAACUCUUUUUUAUCCCUUAGACGACAUGAAACAAUCCAUUCAGCAGACAGUCCUUAUACCUGUGUACACUGCGGCAAAUGGUUUUCCUAUUCUAAGCCAUCUUCAGGAUCCAUCAAACAGUUCACACUGGAGAGAAACCUACAAGUGUGACGAAUGUCACAAAGCCUUUCAUUAUCAGUCAUCCCUUAAGACACACAGGAGAGUUCAUAUGGAAGAGACAACCCUACAAGUGUGAAGAGUGUGACAAAGCCUUUCAUUAUCACUCAUCCUUUAGUAGACACAAGAGACUUCAUACUGGAGAGAAAACCCUACAAGUGUGAAGAAUGUCAUAAAACCUUUCAUUGUAAUUCAUCCCUUAGGACUCACAAGAGAGUUCAUACUGGAGAGAAACCCUACAAGUGUGAAGACUGUGACAGAUGCUUUUUCUUCAUCUUCAUCCUUUC